AUGAGGCUGACAUGUAUGUUCUCCUUCAUCUUGCUGUUUGGAGCAGCUGGGCUGGUUGUCUUCAUUCACCUGCAGGAUCCAGAAGAAAUAGUUCAUCAGCAGACCCCAGGGAUAAAAUAUAACAUGGGAUUCCAGCAACCAAAACAAGACUGUGUUCCCAGUGAGAGCCAGGAGGGCAGAUUAAGAAGGAGCACUGCAGAGGGAGCAGCAGAGCAGAGCAAUUCCCUUCCCCUGCCUGAAGAUGCACCCACUAAGAUGCACAGCACAGACACAAGGCACAGCAGCCUGCUGCUGGUGAUGAAAGACCACCAGAAGGGGGAAGAAAUCAGCCCCAUCAGGCUUCAUAAACGGAGAAGAAGAUUUAUCAAGAAGAGCCCAAUCCUGAUCUCCAUGAACAGCUCCGUUCCCAACCUGCCCACGCUCAGAUCUGAGGACAGAGACAACAGCAAGUGGAGAAGUCUCUACGAGACCCAGAGGGAACGAAAGCAGAUGAUGAGGGAAACCUGCUCUAAGUACAAGAGUAACAGCAGGAGGAUAAUCACCCCUUACCACGUCUCCAGGAUCUUCGUGGCAGACAAGUACAGAGUGCUGUACUGCGAGGUGCCGAAGGCUGGCUGCUCCAACUGGAAGCGUGUGCUCAUGGUUCUGAAUGGGCUGGCUGCCUCCACCAAGGACAUCCAGCACAACACGGUGCACUACGGCAACUACCUGAAGAGGCUGGAUGGGUUUGACCACAAAGGCAUCUACUACAGGCUCAACACCUACACAAAGAUGCUCUUCGUCCGAGAGCCUUUCGAGAAGCUGGUGUCUGCCUUCCGGGACAAGUUCGAGCACCCCAACAACUACUACCACCCGGUGUUUGGCAAGGCCAUCAUCUCCAGGUACCGCCCCAACGCCACCAAAGAAGCACUAAGGACAGGCUCCGGGGUCACGUUCAGAGAGUUCAUCCAAUACCUCCUGGACGUGCACAGGCCGGUGGGGAUGGACAUCCACUGGGACCACAUCAACAGGCUCUGCAGCCCCUGCUUGAUAGACUACGACUUCGUUGGGAAAUUCGAAAGCAUGGAAGAAGAUGCAAACUUCUUCUUGCAUUUAAUUGGUGCUCCACAAAACUUAACGUUCCCCAAGUUCAAAGACAGGCACUCCACUGAAGAAAGAACUACUACUAAAAUCACUCAGCAGUAUUUUGCACAGCUCUCUCCUGCUCAGCGCCAGCAAAGCUACGACUUUUACUACAUGGAUUACUUGAUGUUUAACUACUCAAAACCCUUUGAAGAUUUGUAUUGA